AGUGGUCAAUGGCUGCUUCGUGCCAGAAUAGUGAGAAAUAAGACCGGUCCUCACCUGCCCUGGCUGGGAAUGGUUUCUCCCACUAUCCUGCAAGCCUUCCCUGAAUGAGUCAUCCAGCCAAGCGCUCAUUGGACGGGAGCGCGCCGUCCCGAGGGAUUGCCUUGCAGUAACGGCGGCGGCGGCGGCGGCAGCAGCAGCGGCAGCAGGAGCAGCGGCGGAGCGGCCUUGCUUCCAUUCACAGAAACAUUGGUAUGCCAACCUGCUAUUUCAUUCACAGCCAGGACUAUGAACAUUGCCUUUUGUCCCUUCCAGUCCUCUUUCUUUUUUUGCUCUUAAAUUAGACCCCCCCCCUCCCUUUUGUUUCAGAGGGGAGAAGGCUUUUUUUUUUUUUUUUCUGCCUUCUAUAUUUGCCAUGUUGGGGAGGGAGACUGCAGUGCGAAAUGCAGCAGAGUGAGCGAGAGCCGAAGCUGCUCAUGAAUGAGCGUCACUCUCUCCCGUUCUAGAAGGCGAGAGGACAUUUUUUACAUGAAUGGUCUGUGUUUGUGUAUGCGCGCUUCCUUUCCUGCUGCCACGGUGAGCGCAGAUGCUUCAUCAUCACCGGCAGUGGUGCGGCGGAGACUGUCCUUUGCGCUAUUUUUUUUUUCUCUCCCUCUCUUCAUUGACUCAUCCUCGUGUUGAGGAAAAUGACGUCCAUAGCGGAUUUAUUUGGGUUGUAUCACCCUCAUCGCUGUAGUUGCCUUGUUUGAGCUCCUAGCGCUCAAUUUCAGAUUUAAGAUUAUGAUGGGGAUCCACGUUUGAUUUUAGUGAUGGAUUUUUUUAAGUGUUGACGAAUGUAGUUUAGUCCAAUUAUGUUCUUUUUAAUUGCGUUUUAUGUACGUCUACUGAAGUGAGUGUUUUAUUAGCUGGAAAGCAGUUUAACUAUCACCUCACAAGAAAUAUUUUUUUAAAAUACAAUAUUUCAUGAUAUUGCACAAUUACGUUUUAGAAGGAAUUCAGACAAUUCCCAAUAGAUGAUCAAGCUACCUCACGUUAUUCCAUCCACAUAUAGAUGUUUGGAAAAAUAAAUUGUUAACUAAAUUGAAACUUGAGUACAUUAUAAACAGCUGGAGGAUUUUACUAACAGAUUGUUUCUAGAGUGCUGUAAGUGGGAGAUUUUUUUUCCUCCCUCUGUGCCUCCCUCCCUCCCUCCCUCCCUCCAACAGGAAGUGAUUUGCAGUGUUCAGCAAGCCUUUUGUUGAGAAGGUUUUCUCACAUCAGUGAGUCAUGCUCCAGCUCUGAGCCGGCAGCAGCUAGGCAGGCAGGAAGGCAGCAGCCAGCCAGUGCCAUUCUGUCAUCGUCACCUUCGCUGCAAUUUGUGGAUUUUUGCUUAUUUUUUGGGAGCCUGAGAAAUCGUUGUUGGAAGCAGCAGCGGCAGCUGAAGCAUCACCAGUGGAAACCACCAGAAACAGCAACCUCUCCAUCCUCCUCUGCUUCGUUUCCAUGGAUUUCCGCCGUGUUUUUCUCUCUUGACUGCAUUGAAGCGCCGGAUUUUACCAAUCGGGAAAUCGAGAGAGGUGGCCUGCCGUUGCUCCGAAACGUUUGCCACCAGCGCCACCGUCGCCACGUCUGCUGCUGCUGCCAUGUUACAGGAGAGGGUAAUCAUCGCGGCAAGGAGGCGGGCGGUGCGUGUCGCUUGAGGCGCCGUGAGAGAGAAGAGGCGAAGGGUAUGCUUCACCGCACCAAAUACAACCGCUUCAGGAAUGAGUCGGUGACGUCCGUCGAUGACAUCGUCCACGGCCUGUCCAUGAACCCCAAGGUGUCGGCCAGCCCCGAGACGCCUUACGCUCCCCCGGCUGACGACCAGCCCCCGGCCGCUCCGGGCGGCGGCGCCGCCGCCGGCCACGACCACUCGGACGAUGGCGGUACGCCCCUGUGCACCCUCAUCAACAAGGUGUCCAACCUGAAGUUCAGCAACUCCAGCAGCUUGCUCGGCAUCAAGGGGCUGCCCUCAGCAGUCAAGGACCUGGCAGUGGCCAAGCUGCAGGGUGGCGGCGCUUCGGUGACGAGCCCCGGCGUGGCGGCCGUAGGGGCGGCGGCCUGCCUGCCAACGCUGGAGACUGCCACCGGCAUGAGCAAGAAGAGCAGACCGGACGAGCUUCUACCCGCCGGCGAGGACUGGAACCCCGGCUGCGGUGGACCGGUGGGCAAACCUUUCAGAGGGUGGCUGCACUCCAGUGAGAAGAUCUCCGGACCAGGAGUGACAUACAUUGUUAAGUAUCUGGGUUGCAUUGAAGUUCUUCGAUCGAUGAGAUCUUUAGAUUUCACCACGCGAUCUCAAAUAACAAGGGAGGCUAUCAGCUUGGUUUGUGAGGCUGUUCCAGGCCCCAAAAGCGCUCUGCGGAAGCGAAAGCCACCAUCCAAAGCUCUGUCCAGCAUCCUGGGGAAGAGCAAUCUGCAGUUUGCCGGCAUGUCGAUCAACUUGAACAUCUCCACCAGUAGCCUCAACCUAAUGACGCCGGACUGCAAACAAAUCAUAGCCAAUCAUCACAUGCAGUCCAUCUCCUUCGCAUCCGGUGGCGACCCCGACACAACGGACUUUGUUGCCUAUGUGGCAAAAGAUCCUGUUAACAGAAGAGCGUGUCACAUCCUGGAGUGUUCGGACGGGCUGGCCCAAGACGUCAUCAGCACCAUCGGCCAGGCCUUUGACCUUCGCUUCCAGCAGUACAUGCAGUGUCCUUCCAGCAAGCCUUCCGCCACACAUGACAAGGUGCUCAAUGUGGAGGAGUUGCCAUGGACGGAGGAGGAGGAAGAGUCUGCAGAGCAUCCAUACUACAACAACAUCCCCGGGAAGAUGCCGCCCCCCGGAGGCUUCAUCGACACGCGGCUGACCAAUCAGAACGCAGACGGAAGCCAGAUGGGCUCAAACUCUGUGGAUCAGAACUAUUACCAAGGGCGACAUUGUGGGGAAAACUGGACAGAGGAGAGAAAGUCUACCUUCAUACAACAAGGUUCCUUGGAUAUAAGCAGUGAAAGCAAAGGUCCGCCGACAAAAACGGGCGAGAUGCCCACGUACAUGAACACCCAGCAGAUCGACGAGCAGGUCUUGGCGGUGCUGCAGGCCGAGGCGGAGCAUGUGACCAAGGGAAUGGCAGCCGCGGCAUGGGAGAAUCCGCUGACGGAUCUCUUUGACAUGAAACCCUUCGAGGACGCCAUCCAGGCGCAGCCGCAAGCUCCCUCGCAGGUGUCAACGCUGCACAAGGCGACGUCAGUGGACAACUCCAGCCCGCUGCUGGCACGCUCCAUCGCUUUCCGGGCACAGGAGGAGCUGGAGGGCCAAGCGUGGUACCGCGGCAAGAUGAGUCGGCGCGAUGCCGAAAAGCUGCUGCAUGACGACGGCGACUUCCUGGUGCGCAAGAGCGCCACCAACCCGGGCUCUUACGUGCUCACCGGUAUGCACAACGGCAUCGCCAAGCACCUGUUGCUGGUGGACCCUGAAGGCACGGUUCGGACGAAAGAUCACGUGUUCGAAAGCAUUAGCCACCUGAUUGGCCAUCACCGUGAGAACAACCUGCCAAUCGUGUCAGCCGGGAGCGAACUGUGUCUGCUGCAGCCAGUCGUAUGGAAGCAGUAAUUGCGCCCCCAUGUGGAUACGGGAAACUCUGAACUUUCCUUCCUGCGGUCUCAGAAACUUGAAGCGUGAGGGAAGCUGCUAAAAAAAAAGUUUUUAGCCCGGGUGACGCUGAAAAAAACAAAAGAAUAUUUAUUAUAGAACUGUUAUUUUAUCGUGACAACUGAAAUGCUAUAUUUUUGCGAAGACACAGUAUAGGACACCCACAAUAUAUUGAUUUGGUGUUUCAAACGAUAUGAUACGAUACGGUCUUGUAGUUUAGACAAAUCAAACCUAGACGAGGUGCGGACCAGAGUAUUUUAGAGUGAGAGCUACAAAUUUUACGUUUUGUCUGCCAAGCACAACCACAUUUCUACUGAGAAACGAAACAAACCCGCCAGAGCCCCAAACUCAAGAGCUAUUCAUAAAGAAGGAAGAUCUGAGUGCGUAAAAAAAAAAAGACCAAAAACUAUUUUUUUUCUCUUAAUAUUUUGUUGUUUUUCAGAGAGGCCCUAAUACUCCUCCUUAUGUUGUCUCACUGACUUCUAGAAAUCGUAAAGUUGACGGCCUUUAUCUUUGACUUUUGUGUGCCAACACUGUAAAAUAAUCCCGCAUUAAUUCGCACGAUUUGGGUUCUUUUGUACGUGUUAGUGAUUGGUUUUGGGCUGGGGGGGGGGGCUUUGUUGACAUUGUUUUGAACACUACUGUUUUAAUGACCACGUAAAUAGUACAAUCACAGCGACGUCAUUUGCUUUGUCACCAAAGACACAGAAGUAAAAGAAGCAGGCCCUCCUCUAGGUGUCAGUAGUCUUUUUUUACUUCGCCUCAUUUCCUUACAAUAGUAGCAACAACAUCAUUUCUCAGCCCGUUUAUUAAUAGCAAAUGGAUGCGUUCAAGUGCAGUCGAACCAAAAUCAGCAUGCGUUUUGAUCAGUGGGUUUUGAUGAGACCGAUGCAAUGUAAUGCCUGUAUUUUUGCUGCAAGAGAGCGUGUACAAUGCAUAUUUGUCACAUAACACAAACACUCAACAGAAUUGAGCGGUGUCGGGGGGGGAACAAUCUUGGGCAAGUUUAGCGUAAGAAUUUCAGAGAAAUCGUCAAAGUUGGCCACUUUAUUGAUCACUUUUUAAUGUAUAUUUAAAUGAUUUACAUUUGUGUUAUUUUAAACAAAAAAUAAAUACAAAUAAUAUGCAGGUGCAUCUCCAUAAUGUCGAAUAAUUUGCCAUUAAAAACAAAUAUACAGUGGCUAUAAAUUGCCUGUUUAAAUGUCAGGUUUUUGUGAUAUGAAUUUUUUUUGUCAUCUCGAAAACGUGGCAUUUAAAGUGUGUUGACUUUGUAUCUGCUGUAUAUGUUUUAGACAAAAAUAUUAAGAAAUAAUUGUUUAGGAGGGUUUUGCCCUCUUUUCAAACUUAUUAGUUUCCCAUUAUAGACUGGCCUGUUGUUUUUUCAUUCUCUCCUUGUUUUUUUAUCCACUCCCAUAGAAAGUGUGCAACUUUCAAAAAUGCUAAUUCUGCAACAGAAAAUCUCAUUUUUCGUUUUGCUUUCUCAAAUCAUUUUCAGAGACAUGGAAAACAAUACAAAGAUUUUUUUUUAAUAAUAAUUUAUGGUAACUGACCUUGAUAUUGAAAGAGACGACCUCAUCAUAUUAUCAAUAAUGGAAACUACACUACUUGAAAUGGACAGUGACAAUUUGAGAGAGGGAAAAAUUAAAAGUAAAAAUUUACAAUAAGAAACUAAAGGUAAAUAAUAGGAGAACUUUAGCGGGGAUUUCUGUUGAUGAAAAUGUGCCUUUUCUUUGUACAAACUACUGGAUGUGUUUUCUUUUUUUUCUUCUUCUUCUUCAAAGUGCAAUAGGUGAUGUUCAAUAUGGAGCAUGCCUGUUCUCCACUUGUGGACCUCGUGUUUUGGCCCUGCUGCGUAUUGCUGCUCGACACCUCCCUCCCUCCCUCACUUGUUAUUAUUGUUAUUAUAUACCUGGAGUGUAAAUUUAAUCAUUUCCCCCCCCAUGCUAUACAAGUAGAAACACAAGAGUUGACUAUUUUUUGAAUGGUAAAUGGGGAAAGUGAGAGCAACGAGGACAUAAAAACAAAAAGUCCAGAUGUUUACAGAUUUAAUCUUUUGGUUGUAUGGGUUUCACAUUAUUCUGUAUGACUGUUGGCAAUAAAACCGUGAAUGUGUA